AUGCGGGAAUUAAUUUUUCUAGGAUUGUUUGUCGCUGUGUUUAGUCAGAAUUAUGAAUUGAAUAUUAUACAUUACAACGACUUCCAUGCCAGGUUUAUGGAAAUCAGUCCCACCGGUGGUUCUUGUAGACCAGCUGUAGCGCCUUGUAUUGGGGGAUUUGGCCGCUUAGCAACAAGGAUUAAAGAACUAGUUGCAGAUGAACCGAAUUCGCUAGUCCUAAACGGUGGUGACAGCUUCCAAGGAACUAUAUGGUACAUCUUAAUGAAGUGGAAUGUCACGCAAGACUUUAUGAAUAUGAUUUACCAUGAUGCACACGUACUAGGUAAUCAUGAGUUUGACCAUGGAUUACCAGAUUUAGUGCCGUACCUUCAACAUUUAAACCACGAAGUAGUUGCUGCAAAUAUCUUAGCUGACGAAGAACCGUCUAUUCAAGGCUUAUACAAACCAAGCAUAGUUGUGGAAAAGAAUGGAAGAAGAAUUGGUAUUAUUGGCGUUAUUAUAGCAAAUACUAAUGAGUUAGCUAUGACUGGAAAACUAAAGUUCACAGAUGAAGUAGAAGCAGUAAAGGCAGAAGCAGAAAAGUUAACUCAGCAGGGCGUUGAUAUUAUUGUAGUUCUAUCACAUUGCGGUAUUCAAAUCGAUCAAGAGAUAGCCCGUCGUGCUGGACCUGACAUUGAUAUAAUUGUUGGAGGACAUAGUCACACGCUGCUGUACAAUGGGACCCCACCAGAAAACACUACAUUUAAUCCAUACGGACCUUAUCCUCUUGUAGUUGAAAAUGAUUCGGGGAAAGUUUUGAUUGUACAAGCAGCCGCGCACACAGAGUUUCUUGGAGAGAUUAGAUUAGUUUUCGAUGAAGCCGGUCGUCUUCUUGACUGGAAUGGGCACCCACAUUACCUUGGAAAUGAUGUCGCACAGGAUGCGGAGGUGAUGGAGAAAAUCAAUCAGUAUUUGCCAAGAAUAAACGAAUUAGCUCGAAGGAAGGUCGGUGAAUCGAAAGUACAUCUGUCUUCGGACUGUCGCUGCGGCGAAUGUAAUCUGGGGAACCUGAUUUGUGAUGCCUUUAUGCAUGCAGCGCUGGAUAGAGCUUCAGGUGACAGAUGGCAUUACGCACACUUCUGCGCGAUGAACAGAGGAGCUAUUCGAGCUGAUAUCUCCGAUGGAGACAUUUCCUUUGAGUCCAUGCUGGUAUCAAUGCCGUUUGAGAAUACUGUCCAAGUAUUCGAUUUGCGGGGAGAUCACAUACUUGAAAUGCUGGAGUACAGCGUAGCUAACCAACCUUGGCCUGGCGCAAGGAUGUUGCAGUUUUCCGGUCUACGCGUAAGUUUCGACGGGUCGAGACCGAGAAACGAACGUGUUCUAAACGUAACUGUCCGCUGCAUUGAAUGCGAAGUGCCCCGGUAUGAACCCCUGGAACCAACCAAGACGUAUAAAGUUAUAUCGCAAAACUUCUUGGCAGACGGAGGGGAUGCAUUUACUAUGGUAUCACAGAAUCGGGGUCCCAGUGAAGUAAUAGGAGUGGAUAGCGAUGUAUUCAUGAGAUAUCUGGAGAGAGAAUUACCUGUUAUUAGAGAUUUGGAUGGCCGAGUACAAAUAACGGAUCCGUGCAGAAACGAAUAG